UGCGAUUGCGCUGCCUGCCCCCAACCGCCAUGGCAUGUAAAUAUUCAACACAGACAGGGGGCCCGAGAACAUAUUUACCAAGGUGUCACAGUAAACCUCAAAACACCCACCGCUAUUCGAUGGCAAAACAAUUACGUCUCCAUUUACCCCGGAAUCUACUUACAGCUGCCAAGUUUUCUUGUUACCGUACGGUAAGCAUUUCCCACAUUCAGUGACUCAGGCAGACCCCACCACAAAACCCCGCGCUCAAUUCGCCUCGCCUCAAUUCAAGCUGCCAUUGAAGAAUCGCAAAAACAACGACACCUCAAGUGUUUCCCCUCUGAAUCUCCCCAACGACUGAAGCAAGCAGUGUUGCCUACGGAACGAAUCACCAUGCCGACUACCAUUAUUCUUGGUUCCCAAUGGGGUGACGAGGGCAAGGGCAAGCUCAGCGAUAUCCUUUGCCAGAAGGCCCAGAUCUGCGCCCGCGCUGCUGGAGGUCACAAUGCUGGUCAUUCAGUUGUAUACCUCUAUGCCCCUGACUACUACUACUACUACUACUAUCCGACGACGCGCGAAUUGACACUUGUGUUUUCUGCCAACAGCUUCCACUUGCUCCCAUCAGGCUUGAUCAACCCCAACUGCGAGAACCUCAUCGGCUCCGGCGUCGUCGUCAACGUCGAGGCUUUCUUCAAGGAGCUCAAUGCGCUCGAGGAGAAGGGUCUGAAGCACGUCCGCGAGAAGAUCCUCAUCAGCGACCGCGCCCAUGUCAACCUCACACUCCACGCCGCCGUCGACAGGGCGGAGGAGGCUCAAUUAGAAGGAAACAAGAAGAUUGGCACCACCGGCCGCGGCAUCGGCCCAUCAUACGCCACCAAGGCCAGCCGGAAGGGUAUCAGGGUUCACGAGAUCUUCAAGGAGGCCGUCUUUGAGAAGAAGCUGCGCACUCUGGCCGAGGGGUAUAAGAAGCAGUUUGGCGAGCUUUUCGAGUACGACGUUGAGGAGGAGAUUGCCCGCUUCCGCGAGUACAGGAAACUGCUUCCCAACUUCGUCUGCGACGGCCCCAACUUCAUUGAUCAGGCCCAGAAGAGCGGACGGGACCUCUUGAUUGAGGGUGCCAAUGCCCUGAUGUUGGAUAUUGACUAUGGCACCUACCCCUACGUCACUAGCAGCAAUACUGGUUUCGGUGGUGCCGUUACUGGUCUUGCGCUCGACUACAAGCAGAUAAAGGAGGUUAUUGGUGUCGUAAAAGCUUACACCACCAGAGUUGGUGGUGGUCCCUUUAAGACCGAAGACCUCGGUGAGGCCGGCACCAAGCUCCAGGAGAUUGGCCGUGAAUGGGGUGUUUCUACUGGCAGGAGACGUAGGUGCGGCUGGCUCGACCUUGUCGUGCUGAAGUACUCUCAGCUCAUCAACAACUACACAUCGUGGAACUUGACCAAGCUCGACAUCUUGGACACAUUCCCUACCAUCAAGGUUGCUGUCGCCUACAAGGACAAGGAGACCGGCGAGGUCAUCGAGCACUUCCCCGCCGACCUCGACUACCUUGACACUCUCGAGGUUGUCUACAAGGAGUUUGAGGGCUGGCAAACACCCAUCACCUCGGUCAAGACCUUUGACGCCCUUCCCGCGCAAGCACAGGCGUACGUCAAGUUCAUUGAGGAGUUCACUGGUAUCCCCGUGAAGUGGAUCGGUACUGGCCCUGCGCGCGACGACAUGAUUUAUCUUUAAGCAAGCAAAGCAAAAUGUCUGCUUCGGCGAGAGUUUGCGGAAUGUUUGGAGAGGGUGUUAGACUCAUAGAUUCCCCUUUUCUUUCUGGCUUUUCUUUUUUUGUAAAGAGAGAGGAAGGGAAGGGAGGGUUUUGCAAAAAGAAAAAUGAUGGGAGGCAACGGCGUCCCCCCCCCUUUUUUUUUUUCCUGUUUGUUUACUGUUACAUACCUAGGGUACAUAACCUUACCUUACCUUAUAAAGUCAUGGCGUCCCUGCGGAAACUGUUUGGGGUGGCGAGAGGCUUUUAGAUAUCCUUUAAAAAAAUACCCUGGUUUAGAUUGAUGAUGGUCUUGGUUGGCUUUUUGGUGGUUGUGUUGUAUGCUUGUGAUAUACGAUUUAAGCUCGAGAACAGAUGACCACGGAACAUUUUUUUUGGUGACUCACACACACGGUAGAUAUUCUCGUAUUUCGUCUUUUUAACACACGUAGUUGGUAUGCCACA